AUGCAACAUGAUGAAAACAGUACCAUUGAUGACAAUGAAUUCGUUAGUGAUUCAGAUUAUGCCAUGAAUGCAAUAGAGAUCGACGAGACUAUUUCAUACAAGUGCGGCUGUAGUUUUGAGGACAGUGAGAGUGAAGCUCAUGUUUAUGAUAGCAGCAGAAUUGGUAGCAAUAUCUUUAGAAAAGCCGAGUUGAUGAGUAUUCAUCUCUCUCAAUUGAUGCUUCAACACAGAAUUUCCAGAGCAGCUUACAGAGACAUUGUCCAAUUUAACCUGGGGCUAAGAUCAGCCACAGUAAAACUAUUGAUGCUUUGCUUAAGUCCAAGUCAAGUGUCAAGGGCUAUGAGUAUGAUGUCUGUCCUAGUGGUUGCCAAUUGUAUGGGAUUAAUGACAAUCAAGAAUCUUGUGUUGACUGCAGCAAACCGCGAUACAAAACUGAUCCAGAGCAAACUCAUGUCAGUCGGUAAUAUGUUUUCUCAAAUGCUGGCUGAUCCAGCUACAAGAGAACUCCUCCAUUACAGGGCAAACCCGGAAUCUGUAGCUGGUCAGCUCACCAAUGUUUUUGAUGGUGACAGUUACAAGCAGCUGAUGCAGCAAAACCUGUUCUCAAAUCCUGACGGUAUUGCUAUUGAGUUGUAUACUAAUGGUUUCGUUAACCAAAAAAAGGGCAAGAGUUUGUACACCAUUGUUCAUGCUGUUGUAUUCAACCUUGACCCAUCAAUAAGAUAA